CCAAUACACCCUAUCACUGAAAGCACUCCCACAUACCUCACCAUCGUCCCGCCCUUCCACUCUGAAGAUGACUACCCCCUUUAAAAACAUUAUCAUCCUUGGUGCAACUGGCUCCGUUGGCGCACCCAUCCUCGCCGCCUUGCUCGCCGAGCCCACCUUCACCACCACCAUCCUCACCCGCGCCACCUCCCGCGCCAAACUCCCCCCAAACGUCCCCGUGAUCUCCAUCUCCGACGCCUACACCCGCGACGAACUCACACGCGCGUUCACAGGCCAGGACGUCGUAAUAUCCGCCCUCAACACCACCGCCGUAACGCAGGAUGACCUCGCCUUCCGCAUCGUCGACGCCGCCCUCGCCGCCGGCGUCCGGCGCAUCAUCCCCUCGGAAUUCGGCGCCAACAACCUGGAUCCGCGCGCAACGGAGCUGGUCCCCGUGUACGCGCUCAAAGGCAACAUGCUGCGGUAUCUGAUGCAAAAAGCCGAGGCGUCGCACGGCGCGCUGACCUGGACGUCCAUCGCGUGCGGCUCGUGGCUCGACUGGGCGCUGGAUCCGGGGAAGUCGGGGAAUUUCCUGGGCAUCGAUGUCCGGGGCAGGCGGGCGACGAUCUGGGAUUCGGGUCGGGCGAGGUUCAGCGUCACGACGGCGGGAAAUACGGGGCUUGCGGUGGCGAGGGUGCUGCAGAGGGCGGAGAUGACGGCGAAUAAGCAGGUGUUUUUGAGCGAUUUUGUUACGAGUCUGAGGGAGGUCGUGGAUGCGCUGGAGAGGCUAGGUGGCCAGGGGUUUGUGGUUGAAGAAAAGGAGAGUGGGCCGGCGAUUAGGGAGGCGAGGGAAAGGUUCGAGAAGGGCGAGUUUGAGGCGACGUACCCGCUACUGGCGAUCAGCUUCGCGGGAGAUGUGGACGUGGGAUACGACUUUGAGAAGGAGCAAACGGUGUGGAACGAGGCGUUGGGACUGCCAACAAGAACGUUAGACGAGGUCGUCAUGGGAGCAAUUGAGUCGGCAAAUUCGUCUUGA